AUGGCCUUCACUUUCGCCGCUUUCUGCUACAUGCUGUCCCUGGUGCUCUGCGCUGCGCUCAUCUUCUUCGCCAUCUGGCACAUCAUUGCCUUUGAUGAGUUAAGGACGGACUUUAAAAGCCCCAUCGAUCAGUGCAACCCUGUUCAUGCGAGGGAACGGCUGAGGAACAUCGAGCGCAUCUGCUUCCUUCUGCGAAAGGUCAGUGGCCUUCCCCCAGAAGGAAAGAAAGAAGGAAGGAAGGAAAGAAGGGGUAAACAGCAGCUGGUGCUGCCAGAGUACUCCAUCCACAGCCUCUUCUGCAUCAUGUUCCUGUGUGCCCAGGAGUGGCUCACCCUGGGGCUGAAUGUCCCUCUACUGUUCUAUCACUUCUGGAGGUAUUUCCACUGUCCGGCAGAUAGCUCAGAGCUGGCCUACGACCCACCGGUGGUCAUGAACGCAGACACCUUGAGUUACUGUCAGAAGGAGGCCUGGUGUAAGCUGGCCUUCUACCUCCUCUCCUUCUUCUACUACCUUUACUGCAUGAUCUACACUUUAGUGAGCUCYUAA